AUGGCUGACGUUGAAACUUCCUCAGAAGGGUUAAAAACUGCAGAUGCUGAAACUGCGUCGCAGGAUAAGAAGAAAAAGCGAGGUCCUAAACCAAAGGAAAAGAGCGAUAAACCUAAGCCGAAACGCAGUAACCUUGAUAAUCCACCCAUUCAUGAUAUGAUUGUCGAAGCAUUGGAAACAUUAAAAGAGCGGAAAGGUGUUACACUUCAAGCCAUUAAACGAUAUUUGGAGGAAAAUUAUAAAGUAGACUCUUCCAAGUUGAGCGCUCAUAUCCGACGUGCUUUGUUACAUGGAGUCGAUGAUGGACAUAUUAUCAGAACACGCGGUCAUGGCGCCAUGGGUCGCUUUAAGGUAAAAAUCGCUAAACCUUCUAUGAUAAAAAAGCGGCAAGCCCCGGAAGAUUAUGUCGAAUUGCCGAUGACUAAAAAGUCAAAGCCGCGUGCUACCAAAACUCCACCAAAAAAGGUAGAAUCCGUACAGGAUAAUACAUCAUCUCCAAAACAAAAAUCAACAAAAUCUAAAGUGGAAGUUACUCCUAAGAAGGGACCCAAACCAAAGAAAGGACGACCUUCCAAAAAAUAA